CAGAACGGAAGGAGACUUCAGCAAACUACUCUGCCCUGCCGAUCCGCUGCAUGUUGCCAUGUUCCAGAAGGGGGAGUGACGGCCAUGAUGCCUGUCUUCUCCCAGAAUCCCAACGGGACGUCUAUCAGGCCUUGUCGGGCUUGGACCACCUGUACAGACCUGGCCUAUCAGGGAAAGAUGAGUCCUGUCCCAUCGACGAGCAGGAGCUGGGGCAAUGGCAUUACUUGGUGACCGACCCGAAGGGCAUCCAGCCGCGCCAGGAGCCCAUGUACAGCAGUAAGGACCCGGCCAAGCCGAAACGUCCCAUGGGCGCCGUGCUGGAGAUCUCGCUUCGGCGGAGGUCUGGCUGGACGCGAUGGCUGCAGGUGGGCGAGGAGGAGUGGCUCUUCGACAUCUCGCCAAAGGAUCGGAAGGUUCGGAUGGUGGAAGUGGAACUGCAGAAAGGCUCUUGGGAUUUUGAGGUGUCAGUGGCCGAGUUGAAGCUCUACCCGAUCCCGGGGGCCAAGAACAGCAGCGGCACAAUGAAGCUGGGAGAGACCUUCACGGCGGAUGAGAAGGUGCGGCCACGGCGUUCGCGGGGCGCCUUCCUCCACGUGGCGGGGACGGAGCAUUGGGUCUGUGACUUCCUGGCGGGACAACAACAGCUCCGGCGUCUCGACGCGAAGGAGCCCGAUGAGGAGGGCUUGUCACCUUUGGUGAUCCACACGGUGGUCGAUGAACGGCCCGAGGAGGAAGAGGUGGAGGUCGGCGAGUGGAAGUACAUCGUGCUUGACCCUAAAGGGGUGACGCUCAGAUCCCACCCCACGUACGACAAGGCGGCCAAGUUGAAAGACCGUUUGGAGGAGGGCGAGAUCGUGGAGAUCCUCGAGAGACGCGCCGGCGCCGAGACGGUCUUCCUUCGCGUGAAGACCACCGAAGGGACCAGAGGUUGGGCCUUCACGACUCAGCCGGGCCCGGGCUCUUUCCUGAGGCUCUUGGAAGUCGAGGUGAAAAGUUGCAACUUGUACUUCCAGGUGCUGAAGCGUUCCCACCUUCGACGCCGCUGUUCCUUUGCAGAAGCCGCCAAGGUGGGCCGAACGGUGGAAAAGGGUCAACUGCUCCACGUGAUCCGGCGCUUGGAGGUGGGUGGAACCACAUGCUUGCAAAUCGACAGCGGGGAGUGGUUGGUGUGCCCCAAGGACCAAGGCGCCUUUGUCGAUGGACCACUGGAGGUGCGAAAGAUGCACAACGAAGAAGCGGAGGUGCGCGCAGCCGAUGCGGUGGCCUUGAGGAAAGGGCCCACCGAGCUGCCGUGGGCGUUGACCAAGAAGGUCCUCCUCCCCGGGUCAAAGGUCUUGGCCAUCCGACGUGCCCACUUGCACGGAGAGAUGUGGAUGGAGGUGAUGCAAUUAGGAGGUCUUUCGGGCUGGAUGUUGGCCUCAGACCUGCAGCUGGACUUCUCCAUUUCGAGCCUUCCGCGGCGGAACCGCUGAGGUGAACCUGGAGCUGACCGCUUUUUCCCGCUUUCCAAACGGAACGGGCUCCAGAGCGGCCGCUCAAGCGGCGCCACCCGCCCCUGCGGAAAAAGGAGUCGAACGAGCGCGUGGGGGGACGGUCUGGCUAGCUGGGAAGGACGGAAGGACGGAUGGCUCAAUCGGGCGAUGGGUUUUUGGGCUCCAAAAGGGCUUUUUUC